AUGUCGGCGUCAGUAGGCGGGAAAUCGCUGGCUCUGAGUCAGGUAAAUGCAAAGAAACAGGAUGUAUUUGUCAGAGUGAGGAAAAGAGAUUUAGAGAAGUUAACCACAGAGGUCAUGCAGCUGAGGGAGUUCCUGCCCAAAGUUCUGAACAGGGACCUGAUUGAAAGGCUGCGCAAAGCUCGAGUAGCUCAGACAAUGAAGGGGCACCUUGUACAGGAUAAGGAGCAGUUGCGACAGAAGUGUCUGCACCUGCAGUCGCGACUGGAUGCAGUGCAGACUGAAUGUCAGAAAGAGAGAGAGGAGAAGCUGCUUCUACGUGAGCAGCUAUGGCAGAGCGGAGCAGAGCUGCAGCAGCAGGCCGACUUCUGCUCUGGUUUGGGAUCUGCAGCCUGCAGUCUGCUGUGGAGCAGCUCUGCCAGGGAGCACACGAUCACACACUGGCUGGCUGAUGGGAAGCUGCAGUCCUUCCUGACAGUGGCUGCUCAGACUCUUGAGAGCUUCGUCAGGUCUCUGGAUGAGGAGGUGAAAACUGAAACCGAGGACCACAACUCCCAGGAGCACCAGUUUGUACUGGCUCUGGCUGGAACCAUUACUAACAUAGCGGCAGUAACGUGUGGGCGGGACUUCCUGUCCAGCUCGGCUCAUGUCCUACUUGACACUCUAAUGAUGCUUCUGGAGUUGAUGAAGCCUGGUGUCUUCCCCAAACUGAAAGUAUUGAUGCUGAUGGCUCUGUAUAAUGUCAGUAUCAGUGUUAAAGGACUGAAGUACAUCAGUGAGAACCCAGGACUCCUGCCUCUCAUCAAGACCCUGCUGAAUGACAGAGACUGGGAGGUGUGUCUCCACUCUCUGCGUCUCCUUCAGUCGGUGCUGUUGGAGGAGGAGGUGCUGCUUUUGCUGGGCUCUUCUCUGCUGGAUCCAGACAUCCGGGCUCGCGUCAGCCAGCUCACCUCCACGGUGCAGCCCAGCCUGAGAGCAGCUGCCCAGCAGACCUUGGAGGACCUGCAGGCCCUCCAACAGGUGUUAAACUGA